AAUUCCCUGAAGGCCACAAAGAGGUCGCCAUCACGCAUGCGUGGGCCCCUCCCCUUAACUCUGGCCUCUCGGGUCGCUCUUCUCGCGCAUGCGCCCUACGACCGGUCUUCUUCCAACAGCUUGCUACCCCAGGCCAGAGUUGGUGGCUGGACCCUCUGCGACUUCGCGUUGCGAUGCUGCCUUUCUCUUUGCUCUGGGCGGCUCCGCCUCUGCGGAGAUGCGGUCAGCUGUCCAGGAUGGCUGUUCGGGCUCAGCACAGCAAGGUAGCCCAGACGCAGACUGGGGAAGCAACCAGGGGCUGGACAGGCCAGGAGAGGCUGUCAGACAGUGACCCUGAGAUGUGGGAGCUGCUGCAGAAGGAGAAGGACAGGCAGUGUCGUGGCCUGGAGCUCAUUGCCUCAGAGAACUUCUGCAGCCGAGCUGCGCUGGAGGCCCUGGGGUCCUGUCUGAACAACAAGUACUCGGAGGGUUAUCCUGGCAAGAGAUAUUAUGGGGGAACAGAGGUAGUGGACGAAAUAGAGCUGCUGUGCCAGCGCCGGGCUUUGGAAGCCUUUGACCUGGAUCCUGCGCAGUGGGGAGUCAACGUCCAGCCCUACUCUGGGUCCCCAGCCAAUCUGGCCGCCUAUACAGCCCUUCUGCAGCCUCACGACCGAAUCAUGGGGCUGGACCUGCCUGAUGGGGGCCACCUCACCCACGGCUACAUGUCUGACGUCAAGCGGAUCUCAGCCACAUCCAUCUUCUUUGAGUCUAUGCCCUAUAAGCUCAACCCCAAAACUGGCCUCAUCGACUACGACCAGCUGGCACUGACUGCUCGACUUUUCCGACCCCGGCUCAUCAUAGCUGGCACCAGUGCCUACGCUCGCCUCAUUGACUACGCCCGCAUGAGAGAGGUGUGUGAUGAGGUCAAGGCACACCUGCUGGCAGACAUGGCUCACAUCAGUGGCCUGGUGGCUGCUAAGGUGAUCCCCUCACCUUUCAAGCAUGCAGACAUUGUCACCACCACCACUCACAAGACUCUUCGAGGGGCCAGGUCAGGACUCAUCUUCUACCGGAAGGGGGUGCGGGCUGUGGACCCCAAGACUGGCCGGGAGAUCCCUUACACAUUUGAGGACCAAGUCAACUUUGCUGUGUUCCCAUCCCUGCAGGGGGGCCCCCACAACCAUGCCAUUGCUGCAGUAGCUGUGGCCCUAAAGCAGGCCUGCACCCCCAUGUUCCGGGAGUACUCCCUGCAGGUUCUGAAGAAUGCUCGGGCCAUGGCUGACGCCCUACUGGAGCGAGGCUACUCACUGGUGUCUGGUGGCACUGACAACCACUUGGUGCUGGUGGACCUGCGACCCAAGGGCCUGGAUGGAGCUCGGGCUGAGCGAGUGCUGGAGCUUGUAUCCAUCACUGCCAACAAGAACACUUGUCCUGGAGACCGAAGUGCCAUCACACCUGGGGGCCUGCGGCUCGGGGCCCCAGCCUUGACCUCUCGACAGUUCCGUGAGGAUGACUUCCGAAGAGUUGUAGACUUUAUAGAUGAAGGGGUCAACAUUGGCUUGGAGGUGAAGAGCAAGACUGCCAAACUCCAGGAUUUCAAAUCCUUCCUGCUCAAGGACCCAGAAACAAGCCAGCGUCUGGCCGAGCUCAGGCAGCGGGUGGAGCUGUUUGCCAGGGCCUUCCCUAUGCCUGGUUUUGAUGAGCACUGACGGCACCUGGGACAUGAGGCCCACAGACUGACUGGACGUUACUCUCCCACCCCGCCUGGGCCAGCGGAAGGGAAGGGAAAGCCUUUCUGGUUUUUUAUGGAGGAGGGAAGGCCUCCCACUUAGGGCAAGAGCAAAUUAUAGUCCCCUUCCCAGAAUUUGUAGCUGAGAGGAUUUUUUUUUUAUUUUAGUAAUAAGAUUUAGAAGGAGGGCCCAGGAGCUCUGUGCUCUAACCCUCUGCCAUUGUCAUCGCAGUGUUUCAGACUCCUGCUCUUUUUUGGGCAAGGGGAGUACCUUUCUGAGCCAGUGGAAGGGGUGGGUGGGCACCCUCCUUCCUGUUUUUAUCUAAUAAAAUGCCAACCUGU